AUGUUGCACUUGGACCUGUUUCUCAUCCUGAUGCUAUUAAGAGAGUUCCAGUGGACAAGAGUGGCAGCAACCCCUAAACCUGUUCAGAAUAAAGUAACUGCAAAACCAAAGUUUGUGGAAGUAAUUGAUAUAAUAAGUUCUGAAGAAGAGAGCAUUAAAGAAAAGUUUGUGCACACCAGAAAGGAAAGAGAGGUUAAUUUCAAGAAGAAAUCAUCACACACUCUUACUUCUGUUCUUACAGCUAGAAGCAAGGCUUCCUGUGGUUUGACAAACAAACCAAAGGAGAUUGUUGACAUUGAUGCUGCUGAUGCUAACAAUGAACUUGUUGUUGUUGAAUAUCUUGAUGACAUUUACAAGUUCUACAAGUUAGUUUGGAAUGAGAGUCGUCCACAUGAUUAUAUGGACUCACAACCUGAGAUUAACGACAAGAUGAGAGCUAUAUUCAUUAAUUGUGUCCAUUGCAAACACAACCUGAGAUUAACGAUAAGAUGA